AUGCUGUUCAUCUUGUUCACACUAGCACUCAUUGUUUUUUCCCUGCAAGGAAUGCAAGUGGAUUUCGAACGAUUCGAACAGCUGUCGGGCUUCAAUUUUUAUAACAGUUCGCUGCGAGUUCGUAAGUAUAACCGGACAAUGAUAACACUCAAUGGUACAUUGAAUGUAGUGGCACCACUCAACAGAAGCCUAAUGAUAUCGACGGACUUUUUCCACAGCAGUCUCGGCAAUCAACAGUUCAAUCACUAUCCGGUAAAGCUGCCUACCCAGGACGUGUGUGAUUUUAUGAAAAACUUUUACGCGGACUACAGUGAGUAUGUUGAAGAUAUGGUUAACAUGCCGGAGGAAGGCGAAUGUCCCAUCGCGCCACGCACUAUUUACGUCACCAAUAAGGUCUUUCCAACCAAAGCGGUACCGCCCUUUUUUCCACCGGGCCUGUGGAAGGUGCACCUCAUUAAUUCGCUAAACCGUGUCGAGAUGGUACGAUUCGAAAUAAUAGCUAAGGUGACGAAUGAUUUCUCUUUGUGA